AUGGAUGGUCUGCCCUCUGGUUAUCGUCCCAACGUUGGAGUUUGUCUCAUCAAUGACGAUAAUAUGGUGUUCGUAGCUUCCAGAUUAAACGUUCCUGGAGCGUGGCAAAUGCCUCAGGGUGGUAUUGAAGAUGGUGAGGAACCGAGGUCUGCAGCAAUCAGAGAACUGAGGGAAGAAACUGGAAUUGUGUCUGCUGAAAUAAUCGAUGAGGUUCCAGGAUGGUUGACUUAUGACUUCCCACCGGCUGUAAAGGCGAAAGUCAAUCGUCUAUGGCGUGGAGAAUGGCAUGGCCAGGCACAGAAAUGGUUCCUUAUGAGAUUUAAAGCUGAUGAAAGUGAGAUCAAUUUAGCAAAUUGCGAAACAGACCCUGAAUUCUCAGAAUGGAAGUGGGCUACCCCUGAAGAAGUCAUUGAGCAGGCAGUGGAUUACAAAAGGCCAACGUACGACGAAGUCAUGAAAACCUUCGGGCCUUACUUGAACUCAGGAAAAGCUACAAAGUGUUACUCGACUAAAUGGUGA